AACCAGGAACUUAUUGUGUUUCCCCACAAACACACGUGAAGGGAAACAUGGGGGGGAGAGCGAAUUUACUGUGAAAAGUACAACAUAUUUUACAACAAUUAUUAUUGCGCAUGAGUGACGAAGAAGCUACACGUAAUUUGUGUUACCUGGCCAGAAGUGUAUCGAUAUAACUGUCACGCAUUUGUCAGUUAGCAGGUUAUAUCAGGCUAAAGAGUUCGCUAGCCAGUAACUUAUUUUUAGCUAGUUAGUGCAAGUGCGAUCUAAAAACAUAGCUAGCUAACUUAGCUUCGGGAUUUCCAAGCAUGGCCGACACAGAAGAACUUGCAGUGGAACUUCACGGAGACGAAGAAAUAAUCGAGGUCAUCGACUUAAACGAAACGGAGCCAACAGCAGAUGAUUUAGCCGAGGAGUUUGAAGAUGUGGACUUUGACGAGGCUGCAGGCGACGCCGACGAGGGAUGGGAGACCGAGGAUGAAAUGGAAGCAGAUCAAGACGACAGCGAACUCACCUUUUCCAAACAUACAGGGUCAGUGUUCUGCGUGAGUUUGGACCCAGCGUCGAACAGUUUAGCAGUGACGGGCGGUGAAGAUGACAAAGGCUUCGUGUGGAGGGUUAGUGACGGAGAGGUGCUGUUUGAGUGCACAGGCCACAAGGACUCUGUCACCUGCGCAUCCUUCAGCCACGACUCCAAGCUGGUGGCCACAGGAGACAUGAGUGGCCUGGUCAAAGUGUGGAAGGUGGAGACCAAGGAGGAGGUCUGGUCCUUUGAAGUGGGAGACCUUGAGUGGAUGGAGUGGCACCGGUGCGCCCCGGUCCUUUUGGCGGGGGCCGCGGACGGCAGCGUCUGGAUGUGGAAGGUGCCGGGUGGGGACUGCAGAACCUUCCAGAGCCCUGGCUGCAGAGCCGUCUGUGGGGCCGUCCUGCCCGACGGAAAGAGAGCUGUGGUCGGUUAUGAAGACGGCGUUGUUCGAUUCUGGGAUCUCAAACAGGGCAACACUAUCCACGUCAUCAAAGGGAGCGAUGGCCACCAGGGGGCGCUCACCUGCAUGGCCUGUAACACAGACGGCAGCCUGGUGCUGACGGGCUCCGUGGACAGCUGUGCUAAGCUCAUCAACACUGCUACAGGAAAGGUGGUGGGGGUGUUCUCCAUAGAGGACAGCAAGGCAGCGGGAUCGAAGGGGGAUGAGGAGGAGUCAAACUCAGUGGAGUCUGUCGGCUUCUGCAAAGUGUUACCUCUAAUUGCGGUAGCUUACCUGGGAGGAACGCUGGCGAUCUAUGACAUGUCCACACAGCAGCUGAGACACAGGUGUCAGCACAAGGCCGGUAUAGUGCAGCUGCAGUGGGAGCAGGGCUCCACGGUGGUGGUCACGGGCAGUCUGGACGGGGCUCUGAGGCUGUGGGACGCUCGCUCAGGGAACAUGGUGUCAGAGUACUGGGGUCACGCCGCAGAGAUACUCAACUUCACACUCAACAGAGAGGCCUCUCUGGCUCUCACUGCCUCUGGAGACCACCAGGCCAAAGUGUUCUGCCUGCAGAAACCGGACCGGUAGUGAGGCCGGUACCAGGACCCAGACCUUCCUGCGCUGGAGCCCAGAACCCAGAUCCCCAAGUCAUGCUGAACACUUUUGAUUGGUUACAAUUAGUGAGUCCCACCCCCUGAAAACUUUGACUGGGCCUCUUCUCAGGUUUACAGUAUUGUUAAGAGAUUACACGACAGAGAGAUACUCCAUUGUUGGCUAGCGAGAGCUUGGCAUGAAAUAUUAUAUAUAUAUAUAUAUAUUUUACAAUCAACUGAUAUGUGAAAUGGGUUUCAAAGGGUGUGUUAUUGUUUCCUCAUGAGGCUUUUCUCGGUGGGAAUCACCAUCGUUUCCAGCCAGCUGGGUGGGUCUGUAACACUAUACGGCACGCUUUAGAACAAGAUUCUGAUGAUGGGUCUGUGAUUGGUGGCUCGUUGGGGGUUCCAAGCUCUGAUUGGAUCUGGGCAUAAGAAGGCGGGUUUACUGUACCCUGCAGGGGAAUGUCAGAGAGGGUUGAGUUACUGUUGACUCAUUUAAUUGUAAUUGAGUCAACUGUGUCUGUGCACUCUUGUUUUUCUCACCAACCACAAAUAUGUCAUAUUUUUAAAUACAUGCAUUGUUAGCGGACUUAAAAAUUAAUUUGUGAACAGGGAAAAACAAACUACAAAAUGAUUAUUGUAACAAUAUUUUAUUCACCCAGAUCAUUUUCAGUAUCUGUAUGGAAUUUGUUUUUUAACUUUGUGAUGCAACGAGCUGCAAACUCAAUUUGACAAACAUGUUUAGGCCCUGCCUUCUAGCAGGAACCAUUAAAUGAGUUCAAAUCACAA